CCCUGGAGGUUUGGGAUGAAAGACAAACACCCAGACACGAUCCUUGUUUUUUCUAAGAGGUGCGACUGGGUGACGACACCUUCUGUAGAUAUAAUAAGAAGCAGCAGUUCGUUUCCUCUGAAGGUGAAGCCACAAAGUCUCUUCAGUUCAGGUGAGUUCACACAGAGCAUCAGACAGAUUUUAUCCAUCAGCAGUUUCAGCAGAAAUCUGACAAUGAAGCUGGUAUCCGUCGUCCUCCUCCUCCUUGCUCCACUGUUGACCAGCUGCCAGAAGCCCGUCCUCCCAGUGGACUGCAGUGACAUCUAUCGCCAAGACAAGAGCCAACCCAGCGGAGAGUACACCAUCUACCCCGCUGGAGAAAAGUCUGCUGUCCAGGUGUACUGCGACAUGGAGUCAGAAGGAGGUCGGUGGACGGUGUUCCAGAGGAGGAUGGAUGGCUCGGUGAACUUCUACAGGCCCUUUGAUCAAUACAAGAAGGGUUUCGGCUGCCCGUCUGGAGAGUACUGGCUCGGUCUUGACAACAUCCACUACCUGACACGCAACCGAAAAUCUGAGCUGCUGGUCGACAUGGAGGACUUCGAGGGGAAAAAAGCGUUUGCUCGAUACUCUACAUUCGCCGUUGAUUCAGAAAGUUCUGGAUAUCUGCUGCAUGUAUCUGGAUUCAUCGAUGGAGGGGCGGGAGACUCCCUGAGUUCUCACGACGAACUGAAGUUUUCCACCUUUGACAACGACCAGGACUCCCUGUCUGACAGCUGUGCCAGAAAACACCUGGGGGCGUUCUGGUACCAUGAAUGUCAGGAAGCAAACCCAAACGGGGUUUAUCGCUGGGGGGCUGACAAGACUAUUAAUGCUGUUGGAGUGAGCUGGCGCGGUUGGAAGGGCUAUAACUACUCCCUGAAGGCCAUCAGCAUGAAGGUCCGUCCUGUGCAGUAAAUCUCCAGGACCAACAUACAGCAGAAUAUCAGCUGAUCUCUUGUGAUUUCUUUCUCUUUCUCUCAUUAAGCAUGUAAUCUCACUGUGGGCCGUAUGUUCCUGAAACUGUGCACAAGCACAAUCCACCAGCACAAGAACACCAACUAAUAUUUGUCAUUUUUGUUACCAUCUGUGGCUCCAAGCAGUCGCCGCUCGCUGCAGCGCAGAAGAAACGCUGAACAGAUUAUAUCAGUCGGAGGAAUCAGCAGGUGGAGUCAGGCGGAGAUCAGUAACGACCAAUCACAUGAGCUCCUCUCAUCUUUAAAAGCAGCAGACAGAUGAAAUAUUAAUUGCACCACCUGGUCAGCCUCAGCUGCACCACCUGUCUGGUGCAGAGAAAUGACCAAACACAGAGCGCCACCAGCUGACUUCUGCCUUGUGCCAGCAGGAAAGUAGGGCCCAUAAUCUUUAAAUGGAAACACAUAUGUAGAGUCUGAUAGUGUGUAAAUCGCUGCAUUACCUGCCAACACAAUUUUAAAGAGGAAAAGUAAAGUAUCAGGAAAUCUUUGCAGUUUUGCAGUUCAGUUACAGCCAGUUGAAGGUAGACGGACGUCAGCAGCUGAAGUAAAUAUUUCCAUCUAAAAUAAAAGUCAGAGUUUGAUUGUGUGUGUGAGCAGCUGCUGGCUGUAAAGAGAAAUGAUUCUCUGCUGGUUAAGAUGUUGCCUUCAGUCCGCUGGCUGCAGCUAAACACACUCUCAGCUUUAAAGUCAAACUAACUAGUUUCAACAUAACGUUUGGUGGAGGCUUGAAUCUUUAUCUGCUGCACGGUGACAAUAAAUGAGAAGCUGAGCAGAAA